AUGAAAAUUGUAGAUAUAUUUAUAAUAAAGAGAGUUUAAUCUCAAGUACACCUCCUCUAAUAAUUCUAUUAUUUCUUUGUCAAGCUAUCUUCUCUCUAGGCGAUGAUGGUGAUUUCUUGACGGACAAAUGGAAGGUUGCUGGUAAGUUUGCUCUCCCUUCUUUCUAUCUUUUAUCUAAUCCCAGCUUUCUUCAGAUGCCUCUUUUAAUGUUUUCUCCUUAUUUCAGGUGACCAAAAGACGAUUCCGCUAGAGUUCGGCCCUCAAGCGGAAGAGAGGAUGGCACAACUUUUGGAACUUGAUCCCGAGGCUCGUCUAUAUUCAUCUCUAGUUACUGAAAUUAAAGACGGGUCAUCUGUUUCUGUAGAAGGUUCUGAUAAGGAGGACGAUGUUAUUAGUGUGGAUGACGAGACCAGUAUUCCAUGUGCGCCAGAAGGGAAUCCAAGCCUCUCUAGCUGCUGGAGAACGCAUAUGAGAUUUAGAAGAAUCACUGGCAGAUUCCAAACAAAGCGAGGAGUCUGCCAAGAAGAAGUUAACCGAGAUCGUCCAGACGAAAUCGAAGUUGGAGGAGAAGGUGAUUUCCCAAGAGGAAAUCAUCAACAAGCUGAAUGCGGAUCUGAUAGUUCAAGCUGUGGAGCUUAAAAUUCAGGCUGCUAGAAUUAAGUCUCUGGGGGAUUAUGGGAGGAGAAAAAGAUAGGAAGUUGUUGAUGCGGCUGAGUUCUAUGCUUGGCAGACUAAAAAGGAUCUUAUGAGGUCCUUUCUCGCAGGUGAAGCUGACAGGUGGAAUCUCCAAGCUGACAUUGACACUUGGGACAUGUACUUCGAGGGCACUGAACCUCCUGUUGGUGAUGACAGAUUUGAGCUGGGCACUUGCCAUACCGAAGCCGACUUUGGUCCCUCAAAUCAGCCAUGAUUUGUUGUCUGUUUCUCUUGUGUUCGAACACUUUUCUUUUGUCAAUCUGUUUAAACUUUUAACUUUCUGAAUGUCACAUUUUGGACCACAUCGACUGGUGGUUUAUCCAGGGUUCGGUGGUCCUGUUUUUAUGGUUGUCUUUGACAGCACUUCUUGACUGUCUAUAUGUGCUGAAUGUUUUACAUGUCGACGUUUGUAAUAUAUGUACUAUUGUUUUGGCCAAAACGUGUCAG